UUUGUUUGUUUUUGAUAGUUUUGAUACUGUGAUACUGUUUAAACUAAUUAAGGCUUUGCUGAAUUUAUUUACACAAUGGAUGGAAAUGAUCGAAAUGUUAGAACCAAUGUGGAACAGUGGAAGGUAAUAAUUGAUUAUUUAGAGCAAAACCCUAUUUUGGUCAGAAGCAAAUUCGAAAACUAUGAUUGCGAUAAUAGAGAGCUGAAAAAAAAGUGGGAUGAUUUAGCCACAUUUCUAAAUUCCAUGGGAUUUGGCAGUCGAUCUGUCGAGAAAUGGCAAUUGGCAAUCGCACGUUGGAAAUCAAAGACGAAAGCAAAGGCUGCAGCAAUGAAAAUUGCAAUACAAAAAACCGGUGGAGGUCCCAGCAAAACCCCUCAGUUAAAUCCCAUCGAAGAGAGAUUGAUGUGUUUGUUGGAUUGGAAAUCGGUCACUGGGGAUGAAAAUAUAGAGAUAGGGCUGUUGAAUUUUAAUGAAUGA